AUGAGUGAAAUUUCAGAGUGGUUUGUGAAUGACAAUAUUUUUGAGGCAUGCAAAGUGGAAAUUCUGCCCAAAACAUCCAUUGAAUUGAAUCUGCUGAGCAAAAUAUGUCGAUUGAAGAUUAUCUCGACAGAUCUUCCAGAAGAGUCUGUUUACUUGUUCGUGAAGACGCUGAUUGAUGGCGAUUUGUGUGAAGAUGUUGAAGUGGAGAAAAUAAGAUAUUGUUUUGAGCGAGAGGUCAAAGUGUAUCGAGAGUUUCUCAAUGACCUGCCAAAGAGCGUCGGUCGAAUUUCACCGAGAAUGAUCGAGACUGAUUGUCAGCAUCGAAUCGUCCUUGAGGACCUCUCGGUCUUGGGCUACAGGAGUCAAAGGAAGUUCCUCAAUCUGGUGCAGAGUGAGUGCGUGUUUGAGCAAAUGGCAACACUUCAUGCUCUCUCUCUUCACCACUCCGUGGUUCACAGAGAGUUCACAGAGUUCAGCAAUACAAUCUGCGAGAGAUUCACGCCAACGCUUCGUCUCAUGGAGAGCUGCGCUCGAGUCUUUCUGGCCGAAUUAAGGACGUGGGAGGGAUUUUCUGUAUAUGCUGACAAAGUGGAAAACUUUCUUCCUCAUUAUGCUGAAGUCCUCGCCAGGGAGACGGAGGCGAAUCCGCCGGGACUUGGAUUCAAUGUUCUCUGUCAUGGAGAUUUGCACAUUGGGAAUGUUAUGAUUGAGGAAAACACCCACAAUAUCGCAAUGGUGGACUAUCAAUUCAGUGCUUGGCGAAGUCCGGCUUAUGACUUCUUCUCCGCCUUCAACGCACUCUGCAAUGCCGAGGUGAAUCUGAACUCUCGCAAUCAUCUUGUAAAAGUGUAUCACAGGAAAUUUGAGCGUACACUCAAGGAUAGCGAUUAUCCUGGUCGAAUUCCAACUCUUCUGGACAUUCACGUCGAACUGCUGCGCCACGGAUUCUUGGAUUUCUUCAAUUGGAUCUACUAUCUUCCACUCCUCUUGCGCUACGCUCAUGACGACGAGGACUUGAAGACGAAGUUCAAGAAAUCUCUUCAAGAUACUGAGUACAGAAUGAUCGUCAUGACUCUCUUGCCGUCACUGAUCGAUAAGGGUUUCUUGGAAGUUGAUCGAGAGCAAUGAGAGUUAAUCAUAGAGUUUCUGUAAAGU